AUGUUGAAGAUAUGUAUGGCUUUAUGCUUCGACAGCAUUAACAAUUCUAGUCAGAGUUCAGCAUUUUCUUGUCAUCGAGAGCUCUUGUUUGUCUCAGCUUUUCGUAUGAGACAGCUUCCCAAAAUUGGUUUAUUAGUUUUUGACCUAUACAAACAACAUGAAAAAGUUUGUUGUUAUCAUCAACUAGGCUUAAGAUGUUAA